CAGCGCAAUGAUGUCCCGUCAUUUGGCUUUGUGCACCGUAAGCGACGACGCUUGCAUAUUGUCUUUUAAACAGCAAUCACGUAUUCCGUUAAGCUUUGGUUGUGAAUUAUGCAUUAAGGAGACGCAGCUCUGCUUUAAAAUAUGCGCGUAUCCAAGUGACUAAGAACCAAGCUGGAUCGAUCUAUGGAGUAGGAGUUCGGUUCAUUCAAGCAGCUACAUUGACGGCUCGGGAAACAGGAAAACUACGGGAGCAAGUUAAGCGAAAAGUGAAACGGAGCUGCGGAGAUCUAGAUGUGCUUUUCAUGUUAAUGUCUGCUGGUUCACAUUCAAGAUGUCAUCGGAGCGAAAACUGAAUGAAGAUUAUUGGAACAUGUCUGGCAAUGGUCAGUAACACGACACCUUGAUAGUGGUCACGUGGCUUUCCUGACUUGUGAUACAUCUGAGGACUCCUGGGUACCAGUAAUGAGGAACAGUAUCACCAUAUUAUAGCUCCUCAUCACUGCAUUAGCAACCUUAUGAAAAACUCUGCAUGGGCAUGUACUUGACAUCCAAAUGGCUUCAGAUAAGGCGACAAAGCAUAUUGUGGAGCAAUGGAAGAAAUAUCACUGGGAAUGUCUCCUGAGGAUGUCUACUGAGCCCUACCCUCCAGGUUUAUUCUGCAACCGGACCUUUGACAUGUAUGUCUGCUGGACUGAUGGUGAACCCAACACAACAGUGAAAGUUCCCUGCCCAUGGUAUCUUCCCUGGUAUGACCAAGUUAAAAGUGGCUUUGUUUUUCGUAAAUGUGGAGCAGAUGGUCAGUGGGUGACCAAUAACUCAGAUGUUCCUUGGAGAGAUCAUUCUCAGUGCCAGCCUGAUGACAACGGCAAUCAGUCUGAGCAGGAGCAAAAGAUUUGGAUCCUUGCUCAGUUCCAGCUUAUGUACACGGUGGGAUAUUCACUGUCCCUGGCAACACUUGUCUUGGCACUCAGCAUCCUUCUGGCCUUUAGAAAGUUGCGCUGCACUCGGAAUUACAUCCACAUGAACCUGUUUGCUUCAUUUAUCCUGCGUGCUGGAUCCAUUCUGACCCGCGACUCUCUACUCAAGCGGCAAAUGGAGUUUACAGAUGGGGAGCUUCCUGGUCUGCUGAGUGAUCAGGAGUUACUCGGAUGCCGCCUUGCACAGAUCCUCAUGCAGUACUGCGUUGAGGCAAACUACAGCUGGCUCCUGGUGGAAGGGGUGUACCUCCACAACUUACUGGUGCUGAUGGCCUCCACUGAAAAGAAGAACUGUUUCUGGAUUUACCUGCUUAUUGGCUGGGGUUCUCCUGUGUUGUUUGUCGUUCCCUGGAUCCUGAUGAGAUACUUCUAUGAAAAUGAAAAGUGUUGGGAGAAGAAUGAGGUGCUGGCCCACUGGUGGAUCAUCCGAUCACCUAUCCUUGUGGCUGUUCUGGUCAACUUCUUCAUAUUUCUACGAAUAAUUAAAAUCCUUGUCUCCAAACUGCGGGCUCAACAGAUGAGAUAUACAGACUCCAAGUUCCGACUUGCUAAGUCCACUUUAACUUUGAUACCACUGCUGGGCAUUCAUGAAUUGGUGGCCUUUUUCACUGAGGAAAAUGUACAGGGUACAGUGAGGUACCUGAAACUCUUCUUUGAGCUCUUUCUCAACUCCUUCCAGGGCUUCAUUGUUGCUGUCCUCUACUGCUUCUUUAACAGGGAGGUGCAAUCUGAAAUCAAGAAAAAGUGGCAGCGUCACAAGUUGGGCAUGAGCCUUCUUGAGGAGCAGCGACACACCUUCAGCCAAAUGCCACAUGAGGCCGCCAACACAGGCCGAUCCCUAAGACAGCAGCCGAUCACGUGGCAACAGCCCUGUGGUAGAGCAAGUUCCAUCUGCUCCUCUGAGAACUCCUUCUCCACCCACUACAAACACACUGAGGGGAAAAGGAUCAAACUGUACAGAAAUGUGACUAUACUAAAGCAGGGAAAUCACGGAACAGAGGGUGAAGUCAACAGGUCCCUAAAAGCAACAUACAUGGAGAGCUACUGCUGAUGGGAAAUACCAAUGUCCAGCUGUGCAGCCCCACUGGCCAUGUCGCAAAUUUCAGAAUGUCUAAGUGAUGGAGGAGAAUUUACUGCACCUUCGGUGUCACAUUUUAGAUUACAGCGUGAUGCUUUGUCUUCAAAUUUGUGUCAACUGAAACUCAGUAAAGUAGACAUGACUGAAAGAGUCAAAAUGUAGUGACCUGUUUGGAUUUAAUGACAAAAAACAUUGUAAAUGUUCUGAUCUUCAAAGUGAACUGCACACUGUGAGAAAAUGCAAAUGAAACUGUGUCAAAAUGCAUAUGUGGAUUCGGUGAAUAUGUUGCUUUUCCUCUGAGGUCUGGCUCUCUCACCCCAUGCAGUCUGAUCCUGCCAGGUCCUGUAGCUUUAGGUCGUGAAAUCUGAUUCUGCCAGGUCCUACAAAAAUCGCAGUAUGUUGAUCGUGAUGUCGCAGUUUCACUCAUCACAGAUUCUGGUUGUGCUACAGUUUUAUUCCACCAAAUCUGACAGAUUAUAUUUAUUUCCAGCAGUUUCAUUAUGCUAGAUAAUAUAGUAAAAUACUGCAGCUUCUUCUGUGGUGUGAGAUUCUAAUUUGUGCUGCAUGUUUAUUUCCCUCUUUUGGGCUUUAUAGUAUCAGUUCAUUGGAGUCUGAUCCAGCUCAACACGCAAGGCAGUCUCAGCCAUAUUGAUAACUGUAUCUUCAUUGUGCUGGAAAUUGAUUUUGAUGGAUUUUGCUGUUUCACUCCACUGAAGUAUGAUUAUGCUGGGUGCUAUGUCUUAAUUUUCUUGUCUUAAUUCAGUGGCUGAUCCUGUUAGCCAUGGAUCUUGAUUCUGCUAUGUUCUAUUCGUGGCACAGUUCCCCACCCAGAGGGUUGGUAUAGUCCCUCAUCCUUGUAAUGCAAUGUGUAGCUGAUGAUUUUCUUUAUUCCAUCUAACCUUACAGGGUUUUCAGCAAAAUGCAAAAUACUCUGAGCUAAUCAGGUGAAUCCCACUACUACUUAUUAUUGGUUGAAUUAGGUAG